AUGGGAAUCGACCGUUUUAUUCUCGCGGCGGGCAAUAGAUCUAUAGAGAAAUUUCAUAUGAGCGGGUUGCAUUUUCGGGUACCAAAUACCUGCUGUCGCGAGUGCGAUCUCUGUAAACCUCAUAUUAGUACUCGGGUUACGUUCUCGGACGUAAAUAUUAAGGCGAGGUACCGCUGGCACACUACCGUACCGAACGGUAAGGUGAUUGGGCGCACACCGCUAGACGUAUCUUCGCAAAGCAUUUACUAUCCUCCAGUACUUGUAGUUAUAUUCGUGGGCUUCUUUGAAGAAUGCACUAGUAUCGUAUACUUUUGCACUUUGUAG